UCGCUUUAAGUCCAGUGGGUUUAUUGUGACUUUGAAUCCUAAACUGCAAAAUGGAUCCUUUAUUCAAUAUCACCUCUAAUUGGACCACCAGCUCCAACACCAAUAACGACACCAUGUACGAGAACCAGUUUGUGCAACCAGUGUGGAGAAUUGUGCUCUGGGCCAUCGCAUACAGUUGUAUAGUUAUCGUGUCUAUAGUAGGUAAUGUUACAGUGAUCUGGAUUAUUAUGGCGCAUAAACGCAUGAGGACAGUCACCAAUUAUUUUCUGUUAAACCUGGCGUUCGCCGAAGCCUCUAUGUCCGCUUUCAACACGGUGAUCAACUUCGCCUACGCCGUGCACAACGAGUGGUACUUCGGACCCGUCUACUGUCGCUUCCACAACUUCUUUCCGAUCGCGGCUGUCUUUGCCAGCAUCCACUCAAUGACUGCCAUCGCUCUGGACAGGUACAUGGCCAUCAUCCACCCUCUGAAGCAACGCAUGUCCUCCACACAGACCAAGGUGGUGGUGGGAGUGAUCUGGGCCCUGGCCAUGUCCCUGGCCUUCCCUCAGUACUACUACUCCAACAUGGAACAGUACCCCGGCCGGGUGUUGUGCUACAUCGACUGGCCCGAACACACCGACUCCAAAAAGAUCUACCAUGUGUGUGUGGCCAUCCUGAUCUACUUCCUUCCCCUGCUGGUGAUGGGUUGUGCUUAUUUGGUGGUGGGACUUACCCUCUGGGCCAGUGAGAUCCCAGGAGACUCCUCUGACCGCUAUAAGGAGCAACUGACUGCCAAACGCAAGGUGGUGAAGAUGAUGAUUGUGGUGGUGUCUACGUUUGCCAUCUGCUGGUUGCCGUACCACGUCUUCUUCCUGCUGCACGAGUUCUUUCCCAAAAUGUUUGAGAAAGCGUUCAUCCAGCAGGUGUACCUGGCCAUCAUGUGGCUGGCCAUGAGCUCCACCAUGUACAACCCCAUCAUCUACUGCUGCCUCAAUGACAGGUUUCGCGCUGGUUUUAAACAAGCCUUCCGCUGGUGUCCCUGUGUCCCUCGUGGCAAUUACGAAGGCCUGGAACUCAAGUCCACUCGCUACCUUCAGACUCAGACCAGCGUUUACAAGGCUAGCCGGAUGGAGACCACUGUGUCCACAGUUCUGCAGGUUGGCGACGACAUGGAGCAGCCUAAGAUAAAGGCAAUGGCUGGUCCUGGUCCUGGUCUUGGUGGGGCUGCUGUCGGGGCCAGACCGCAUAGCUCCUCCCUGGACCUCACCUCAAAUGGGUCAUCAUCCCGGAGCGUCUCCAAAACUGUUUCAGAGACGUCCAGUUUCUACUCCAGUAACAACCUGCAGGAAUAGACCUUAAACACAGGUGCCACUACUGUAUGUUGGACAGCAGGGACAGAGUGUGAGUCGACUGUUCUUUUUGCCUGCGUGUGUUCAUGCAAAUGGGCGGAGAGAAUGUGUCACUUUGUCUGACUGUGGAUGUGUUUUUGAUGAGUACAUUGUCGGCGUUUCAGCUGGAACAUCAUGUUAGGUAAUUUGCAAGUGAGACUAAGUUCCGGUUCACUGAGUGCUGCUCUCACCCACAAAGCCCUUGUUUAAAGCACUCAUGCUACUCACAGUUAAUGAUCAGCGCCAAAAAUUGAUGAUGAGCACUUCGACGACAUGAGCACAUUCCAGUUCAAAAGCUAAACUAUAACAGAUGCUACAGGGCCUCAUAUCUUCACAGCUUCUGCCAGUCACACCAGCCUUCUCUCAGUGCAGAGCGAAGGUUCACGCGUCCUCGAUCAUUCAAGCUGAGCGACUUCACACAGUCUAUUUUAGCGUCGAGCUAUAACAUGAGACCAGCAUGCUGUGAACACAGCGGCUCCUCAUCUUAACAGGAGUGUUCUCUAAAAAAAAAAGAGAGCUCUGAGACUUCACUCUCCCAGAAAUUUCUCUACAUCUCAACUUAACUCUUCUCCAAGAAAACACAUUUUGAAAACAGAAGCAGAUGUGUGGUUUCAGUUGAAAGGCUCAGCCAGAGGAGGUGGUGGAGGGAACAAAAAAAGAACAACAAAGAAUAAACUCUGAACUUUGCAUGUGUGUAUAUGCGUGUGAACUGAUGAGAAUGCUAACUCUGUUUGGCCGAGAAGGACUUGCUCAGCAAAUCCAAUGAGCAGGAUGAGUGCCUGUGUCGAGAUGAAGGAACGCUCUCGGGAUCCCCUGCAGGCACUGCUGAAAUGUUCCAGCCUUCACCUGAACAGCUUUCAUCUGACUAAACAUUGAUUUGAACAGCUGGUAGCAUCAUCUGAGCAUCACAGCGAUGCUUCAAAUGCUGAAGAGGCAACAACGAAUCGCAAGUUUUACUAAAACCUGAGUCCCAGGUUAAAUCCUCCAUGACACCACUGACACAGGUGUGUAGCUCUAGAUUGAUCCUGUCAGUUAUCUGUCUGCCACACCUGCUCCACCUUUAUCAAACCCACGACACCAAGUGGUGAUCUGAAUGCCAGGCACCACUUUCAAACUGUGAAAUAUUGAUGUAACUCUCAUUAGCAGCUCUACCUUUCAACCUGGCAGAAACAUGCACUCUGUGUCUUAAUGCGAUUUGGCUGGAUUAACUUUACACCUGACAUUAACAUGUCUUCAGUAAAUCGUUAUAUAGUUUCUUGGCUCUUUAAUCUGUGUGCAUUUUUUAAAAAUAUCAUUUUCAUGUUUGUUAAACGUGGCUAUAGUCACCUCUGACCAUCUCAGCAGGUGACUUACAUAAUAAGGUAAGCUUCUUUCACAUAUCUACAGUUUACAUGCUGUUACUCCAUCUAAAUGCAAUCCAGUCAUUAGAUGCAUGUUAACAUCAGGUUUAAAGGGCUUUGUAGAAGUUUCAGUGUGGAAUGUGCACAGGCAGCCUGCUAACUGUAGCUCUCUAAUCUGCAGUGAUGUGCCUUGCUGCUUAGCAUAA